AAAAGAAUAGAUGAAAAGUGUAAUUAAACCUAUUAAAUAUUUUUUCCAUAUACCCUUGUCAAAUGAGGAUUUGAAUCGAGUGUUUUGUGAUUGAUCCCUGAACUGAACUCAGCUGUUAGUUAUGUUACUGGUUUCAUUCAACAUACAAAUUUCCCCAAAAUCUCUCUUUCUCUCUAUUUGAAAAACCAUGAAUAUAAUUGCUGGAGCUUUCAAGCCUCCUUGCAAAAUUUCAAUCUCUUUAACUCAUCCAACAACUCGCAAGCAGGUUCGCGUGAAGAAGGAAAAUGACCAGACAGUUAUGGUUCCUCUCUUUCAAAGUCAGGAGAAUAUAGUUGGGGAGGUUAGUAUAGAACCUGCACGUGGGAAGAAGGUUGAGCAUAAUGGUGUAAAAAUUGAGCUUCUUGGUCAAAUAGAAUUGUACUUUGACAGAGGCAGCUUCUAUGACUUUACUUCUCUUGUACGCGAACUUGAAGUUCCUGGAAAUUUAUAUGAAAGGAAAACUUACCCGUUUGAGUUCUCUACUGUUGAAAUGCCACAUGAAUCCUACAAUGGGAUCAAUGUUAGGCUUAGGUAUGUUUUGAAAGUAACAAUUAGUCGAAAUUUUGUCAACAACAUUGUGGAGCACAUGGAUUUUGUAGUACACAAUUACAUUCCAGCACCAUCGAUCAAUAACAGCAUUAAGAUGGAAGUAGGAAUUGAAGACUGCUUACACAUAGAGUUUGAAUACAGUAAAAGCAAGUAUCAUCUGAAGGAUGUUGUCAUUGGCAAAAUAUAUUUUUUACUGGUGAGAAUCAAGUUAAAAAACAUGGAACUUGAAAUUAGGCGUCGAGAGUCAACUGGAUCAGGGACCAAUACAUAUGUUGAAACGGAGACCCUUGCGAAGUUUGAGUUGAUGGAUGGUGUUCCCGUCCGAGGAGAAUCUAUUCCUGUCAGAUUAUUCCUCAAUCCAUAUGAAUUGACACCCACAUAUCACAAUAUCAACAACAAGUUCAGCGUGAAGUAUUUUCUAAAUCUUGUUUUUGUGGAUGAAGAAGACCGGCGCUACUUCAAGCAGCAAGAAAUCAUAGUUUAUCGCCUACUUGAGGACUCCUGAAUAUCUUGUGCUUGGAGAGCUAUAUGUUUUUUUUUGCCUUGCAAUAAGGAAUUGUUUGCUUGUGUCACGUUGUCCCACUCGGUCUAUAUUUGGUUCUCUUUUGAUAAGAAUUGAUUUUGAUUGAAUUGAUUUUGAGUGAAUUUAUUCUAUCUAAAAGUGAGUUGCAGAUAAAGUAAUUUGUGUUUGGAUACAUUCAUUUAAAAUUGAGCUGAAUUGUUUUAAAGAAAAA